UUACUUCCGGUAGCCUUCUCGACGGAGGAUACUGCCUGGAGCUGCUGCUCUAAACUGGGUGGACUCUAGGACCCUGCGGAACAACUCCGAUUUAUGACAACAGAGGCAAAAUGAUGGCAGAUUUCCACAUCAGAGCUGCAGCUGACAAACGCCCUUAACAUUUAAAUAAAAAAACACAAAAUUUAGGAACACGGUGGCAUAUGAUGAGUGAUGUAAAGACAUUUACUACGUUUUACACUCAGCGACAAGGAAGCUCGGGGUGAUGGAGCACAUCCGACUGCCGAAGGUGGAGAAUGUCAAACUUCUGGACAGAGUUUCUCCCAGAAGGUGCCGGGUUGGCACUCUGUACCUGACAGCCACACACUCCAUCUUUGUGGAGAGCCUUGCUCCACAGCGCAGGGAAACAUGGGUGCUGCACAGUUUGGUGUGCAGUGUGGAGAAACAGGCCUCCACUGAAUCGGGAUGUCCACUGCUCAUUCACUGUAAGAACUUCCAGGUUCUGCACUUCAUCGUUCCUCAGGAGUCGGAUUGCCUGGAUGUUUUCCUGUCUCUGCAGCGCCUCUCCCAGCCAGAGAAAUACGAGGAGCUGUACUGCUUUUCCUAUAAGCCGAAUGUCCCUGACGAGGAUCGAGAACAGGAAUGGGUCAUCGUGGACGUCAGGGCUGAUUACCGGAGAAUGGGACUUCCAAACUCCCAGUGGAAACUGUCCUCUGUCAAUCGACACUAUAAGGUGAGUGACACCUACCCCGCUGACCUGCUGGUACCGGACUCGGCCACUCCUCCUGUCAUAGUGGGAAGCUCCAAGUUCAGAAGCAGAGGCAGAUUUCCUGCUUUGUCUUACUACUGCAAAGAUAACCAUGCUGCCAUCUGCCGCAGCAGCCAGCCGCUGUCUGGUUUCAGCGCUCGCUGCCUGGAGGAUGAGCAGAUGCUGGAGGCCAUCUUAAGGUCCAACCCCCACAGCGACUUCAUGUAUGUGGUGGACACCAGGCCUAAGCUGAACGCAAUCGCAAACCGGGCAGCAGGGAAAGGCUAUGAAAAUGAAGACAACUACUCCAACAUCAAAUUCCAGUUCAUGGGCAUCGAGAACAUCCACGUCAUGAGGAACAGCCAGCAGAAGAUGCUAGAAGUGAGCGAGCUGCGUUCUCCCUCCAUGUCCGACUUCCUGGAGGGCCUGGAGAGCUCAGGCUGGCUGAAGCACAUCAAAGCCGUUCUGGAUGCUGGCAUCUUCAUCGCUAAGGUCAUUGCAGAGGAAGGUGUCAGUGUCUUGGUUCACUGUUCAGACGGCUGGGAUCGCACUGCACAGGUGUGUUCGGUGGCCUCCGUUCUGCUGGACCCUUUCUACAGGACCCUGAGAGGACUCAUGGUUCUCAUUGAGAAAGACUGGAUCUCGUUCGGACAUAAGUUUACUCACAGGUACAACCACUUGGACGGAGACCCCAAAGAGGUUUCUCCUAUCAUCGAUCAGUUCCUGGAGUGCUUGUGGCAGCUGAUGGAGCAGUUCCCCUGUGCCUUCCAAUACAACGAGAGGUCCCUGAUCACCAUUCACAACCACAUCUACUCCUGUCAGUAUGGAAACUUUAUUGGCAACUGUCAGCGGGAGAGAAUAGAGCUGCAAGUGCACGAGAAGACUCACUCUUUAUGGAGUUUUCUAUGGCAGAAUCGUGCAGACUACAUCAACCCUUUGUACAGGCCAGAUCACAGCCAGACUCAAGGGCUCCUGCGACCAUCUACUGCCCCCUACUGUUUCAAAUUCUGGAGAGGACUGUACAACCGAUUUGACCAGGGUAUGCAUCCUCGACAGUCUGUAGAGGAUUACCUGCGAGCCAUCAAGGAGGAGACGCAGCAGCUGGAGGAGCAGCUGGCUUCACACAAGCAGAAAAUCACAGAGCUGGAGCAGGAACAGAGUUGGAGCCCAGCCUCCUCGGACAAAAGCCUCCCACUGUGGGAUCCUGGGAACAACCUGACUUCAGCCAACACCCCUCAAGAUUACACCAGCAGCUUCUUGACUCCAAAAGCCCUGGACGGCAGCACCAUGAUCCUCCCCCCGCAGGACUCCAGCCUGAAAGCCGAGACGAGCAGCAGCGACCAGGAGUCCGGGUUUGCAGACCUGAGCUGCCGUUCGCCUCUCAGCGAGGAGAGCACCAGAGACCCCGACUCCGACGAGGCUGCCUACUCGGCUGCCUGAGCCGAUUUGACUGGAACCAGUUUUUAAUUUGAACAACCUUUAUGACCAAAUCACUGCUGCUCACUGUAGCAUUAGACAUCAACUACAUACAAACGUAACUUAAAGACACGUCUGUGUGCCAGCAGAGAAUUCUUCUUCUGUGAGGUCGAGUUUUAGAGCUGCAGUAUGUUUGUUUACAUUUUAUUUAUUCUCCGCUGGAAACAUUUUAAGUUAAGUAGAAUUUGCGAGACAGGGUUUGAGAGUUGUGAGUUACAGAGGUCCAAAGACAUCAAACAUGAAGGUCAUAUAAACUAUAAAGUUAACCAAAGCCUCAACCCCCCAAAGGGAACACCAGCUGAACUGUGGAGAGUUAGGAGCUCUGAUAAUGUCACAGUUCUUGAUACAUGAUCAGAACCUUGUGCUUUUCAUUUAUUGCUUUCUAAAAAAGUCUCUUUCAAAUUAAACAAAAUCUUUAGCAGUUUUACAAAUCUAAUGAGACAUUGUUGUCUAGAAAUAGUCAAAAUGUUUUGGUUUUAAAGUUGGUUGUGAUAGAGGAAAAAAACACAUUUUUAGGCACUUGUGAUUUAAAAUAUCAUAUUGAACACUAACUAUAAUAUUGUCAUGCACAUUCGAGAUUUCCUAAAAUAAAUCAAACUUUAUCAAGACAGUUAUUGUGAUUGUCUUGGCAAUCUGUUGAUCUUUUUGUAAGCAUGCUAGUUUGGUAAGCUGGGCUAUAAUUGGUUAAAGGAAAUUGGUAAAUAAAAAUGAUUACCAGCAUUAAAACUCAAAUUUACAAAUAUAAGAAAAGAUUUAAAGUUAAAAACUCUAAUUUUGAGCAUCUAAACUUCCAUGCUAAGUAGCCUGUUGAUUGAUGGAAGCUUAGUCAUAUAGAAUAACUCAAAUAUAUCUACACUUUUGAGUCUAAAUAUCUUUUUUUCUGAGCCAUACAUUCAACUUUUAAGGAAUUACAAAGUUUCUUUUCUUGCUAACACAUUUUUAACAUCAGAUCAGCUUUUGUUUUUCUUGAGUUAAGCUGCUGAGCCAGCACACUGAAUCAUGCAAGCAUCAACUUUUUGUUGGGUUGGGACCAUCGACUGUAUAUGAGAGCUGGACUGAAUGUGAGGUCACCCACUGAAAGUGGUUCCAACCAAAUGACGUCAAUUCAACUGCCAGAUACGCCAUGUUGGAUUUUAUCUUGGAAUUUCUCAAUAGAGGUCUAUGAAAUUUUGGUUUCUUGGAUCUAGAGAGAACUUCCUGUUUGGAACGCUGGGCGGGAGGAGUGACUCAGUCCAGUUCUCAUAUGCAAUCAAUGGUCGGGACACAAAUCCCAGGAGUUUUGAUGAAGAUAUGUGCAAUGUUUACUCUGUAAAAAUGCAUCACUGUAACUUUAUAUCAUGUAUUACUGCUACUGCACUUAAGCAAAUGAACAAUGCAAGAAUGACUGUGCAUGAGGAUCUGUUUUGUGUGUAUCUCUUCAAACGCUUCUCUGUAUUUUACCAGUCUGUGCUAGCUUAGUGUGUUCACAUUAGCAAACAAAGUGUUAAUUUUAAUGUGUCUGUUUUAUUGUGAAAUACACAAAUUCAUUAUCCAUCACCUGCCACAUUCUCCCAAAAUCUGCUUUUUUUGCUUGAUCUCAGUGUUUUGUAACUACCUGUAUUACAAAGGUACAUCAAUAAAGUUAUAUGAAAACCAUUA